UUCCGAUGAUACGACGCAAGUGGCUCGCUCGUAUAAUACAGUUGAAAAACAUAUGGAGAAAAGGGGCUGAAACCGCCUUAAAAACGAAUCCUUUUUAUUUUCGUAUUUAAGUACACGGGGCCCACACCAGUGCAGCAAGUCUUUCAAAAUUCUCCAAUCUCACAAUCAAAAAACCUCCGAUCUCGCUCUCUCUCUCUCAGAUCUUCUCUCCUUCCAUGGAUCCCGCUUCUUCCAGGAAUCACCGCAACCGAAUCGCCUCUUCUGUGGAAAGGUCGGCGAUGGCGGAUAAUGGCGUCGAGCAGAUUUCUCCCGAAGAUGAAAGGGUUGUUUCUUCUUCCGUUGGUCCUUCUCCGGUUCCCUCUCCGUAUUAUAACGUCUUUCAAACCCCUACCAAUCUCUAUCCUUACGAUUUUGGCUAUGCACAAAGCAUCACUGGUUGGGAUGGAUAUUCACCAUAUGCCACUACCCCUGAAGGCCUGCAUGUGCCACAGGUUGUCUACAGUGAAAACUCAUCUUUUAUGUACCAACCUGGUUUUGCCUACAACCCUUACCCAUCUAUAAUGUUGGAAGGCCAAAUUCCUGUCUCUCCAUCUUACUUCCCACACUAUGGUGCACCAUCAGCUAUGCAUUUUACUCAGUCGGAAAUUGGUGGUGAUAACUCCCGUUUUGACCCAACAUCUGCUUACAUGAUUCCUUUUGGUGGAUAUGGUGGAGGCAAUUUAUCCGGGAAUCAAGUGGGCAACACUUUGACAUCCCCUAUACCGUAUCCUCAAACGAUGGGUAUACUUGGGCCAUACGACCACACUGCUUCACAGUUUCCGUUGCAUGGGAGUGGGGUUGCUUCAAGCUCUUCGUUGGGAGCAUAUUAUCCUGUUGCAUCUUCUUACCAGAAUCCUAGCUCCACCGCUUCAUAUUAUGGAGCUGAUAAUCCAGUCAGAUUAACCCCUGACAUAGGUAAACGGCGAGAGAAGGAGUUCAGUUCUGUUUCCAUCACCAGUGAUAUGUAUGGUAAUCGAGGACCAAGGGCAUCCAGCAGGGUAAAGAGCAAGAACAGCUCCAGAAUUUGCUCUCCUUCUGGUGAUUCAGCAAAUGAUUCAAGUACAGCUGGACCAAAUCCUAGUCUGUACAACCAUCCAGAAUUUGUGACGGAUUAUAAGAAUGCCAAGUUCUUUAUCGUCAAGUCAUUUAGUGAAGACAAUGUCCACAAAAGUAUCAAGUAUAAUGUCUGGGCCAGCACGCCACAUGGCAACAAGAAAUUGGAUACUGCUUAUCGAGAUGCUGAGAAGAUGGGUGGAAAAUGUCCAAUCUUUCUGUUCUUUUCGGUAAAUGCUAGUGGACAGUUCUGUGGGGUCUCGGAAAUGGUCGGACCUGUAGAUUUCGAAAAGGAUGCUGCUUACUGGCAGCAAGACAGGUGGAGUGGGCAGUUCCCAGUGAAAUGGCAUAUUGUGAAAGAUGUACCGAAUAACCGAUUUAGUCAUAUUCUCUUACAAAACAAUGACAACAAGCCGGUGACACACAGCCGAGACUCUCAGGAGGUGAAGCUACGUCAGGGGAUUGAGAUGCUCAGAAUUUUCAAAGAAUACGAGGCACACACAUCGAUCCUGGAUGAUUUUGGCUACUAUGAUGACAGAGAGAGGCCAAAGGUGGGAGAAGAUGGAGAGAGGAAAGAAGACGGGGAAGAAGAGACCUCUUCUGUGGAGCAGUUAACAGAGCGUCUUCAAGUUGUGACAGUAGUAGAUGGAAAGGAGGGGGAAAGUGAAGAGUUAAAAACUGAUUGAUACAGUAAUAGUUAAGUAGAAGAAGAAGCAUUCUUUUUGGUAAACAAGGGUGGAUACUCUGUUUUUUCUUCGGUUUUUUUGGGUGGGGGCUGUAUACUAAAUGUCUAGAAGAUAUCAAACUCCAAUUCCUUGUACUUUGUAGCAUUAUGCGUUUUAUUUUUCCAUCAAUGAAUGAACCUCAGGUGUCUCUUCAGAUCUCUCUCUGGUCUCUAAAGUCUAAUUCUAAGAAGAAACAAAAUUGAGUAGCAAAUAAGUCGUGGAAGCGACGACGUUUGAAGGUUAUAAGGAAAAAACUAUUUAUCAUGUUUCUUGUUUUUUUUUUCCCUCGAAACAACAAUUCUGGUCUGUCGUUCUGUGCUCCAAUGGCGUCCUCUUCCCUUGUCCGAAUCGCUGUUGUCGGAGACAUCCAUGGCUUCUGGGAUCUAGAUGAAGAUCGGAAGGCUCUUCGGCUACUACAGCCGCAUUUGGUGCUCUUCACAGGCAGCUUCUCUGUGAUUUUGGUGAGGAAAACGUGCCACUUGUGCAAAGUGUUGCCGCUCUUCCUUUCCCUAAAGCAGUUAUAUUGGGCAAUCAUGAUGCUUGGCACACCCAUGACUUAUCAAAGAAACAAAAUCGUGUUCAAAUGCAGCUCGAUAUGUGAGUUUGACCACUGCUUGCUUGUAGUUCGAAUAGCUCUGUCAUUUUUUUUUUGGUUUCCGGCUGCAACCAACAGCCUUGGUGAUGAGCACGUAGGAUAUCAACGCAUGGACUUCCCCUCAUAUAAGCUCAGUAUUGUUGGUGGUCGGCCCUUUUCACAUGGGGGAGAUCGAUUGUUUCGGCAAAAACUGCUUUUCCAGAGGUACGGAGUUCAUGAUAUGGAUUCCAGUGCUGGGCGUAUAUGUCGAGCUGCACAUGGAACACCGGAGGAUCAUGUGGUUAUAAUUCUUGCGCAUAACGGGCCAACAGGUCUCGGUUCUCAAGCAGAGAAUAUAUGUGGAAGAGACUGGUUUGUCGAAGGAGGUGACCAUGGUGAUCCAGAUCUAGAGAAGGCAAUACGCCAGUUGAAGGAGACCACGAAGUUGUCUGUUCCUUUAGUUGUGUUUGGACACAUGCAUAAGGAGCUUCAGUCUGGGAAAGGAGAUCGGGAAAUGGUUGUGCAAGACAGUGACAACCAGACCGUUUAUGUGAAUGGUGCAGUAGUUCCAAGAGUUAAAGGGACAAAGGAGGAAAACUGUGGGAGAGGAAUUGGGGAAAAUGAAACGUCGUCUGAGAGUGGUGGCACAGUAAGAGUUUAUACAUUGGUGGAGAUAUUAGAUGGAAAAAUCAAGAAAGUAGCAGAAAGUUGGGUACAAGUAAUCGGAACUAUGGCCAAGAUUGUGGAAGAAAAGACAUUGUUCGAAGAUGUAACCUGAUUUGAACCGGUGCACUUUUGUUCAAUGUCUGUAGUCAGUUGCCAUGUACACAUUUCAAAUUGCUGUGUGUGUAGUGUCCAUAUCUCAUCUUAGACUUGAGAUUAAAAGAAAAUUAGAUGAUAAAAUUACAAGGAGAAGCCAUAAAAGCUUCUUAAUACAGUAAAGGUCACUGUGAAUGUUAUAUAGUAUAUUUUAUAGAAUUUUGGCAUUUAAUUGUAAUUUCAUUUGCUAAACAAUUUUGGUUUUUCUGGGAGGUGUGGGA